AGUUUAUGCAAUUAGAUUAAUAUAUCUCUAACUUCUUGUCAAUGCUUAAGCACCAACCACUAUAGUCAAACUGGAAUAUCAUCUGAGCUUUCUUCAAUUUCCAUGUAAUUCUUGUUUUUGUCUUCCCUGAGAAAUUCAAUCCAGGAAACAACAUCAGCUGAGUUACCAUGUUGUUUUCCUGAUCAAAGCAAGCAUAACUAUAAAGUUUGAGAUCAUCAAACCACCCCCCGAUGGGGCGACUUUCUGUGACGAUUUCAGGAUGAUGGAGGAGUUGGAUAUCGCGAAUACGAGACUGAUCACAUGUUGCAUCUUUCUCAUAUUCCUGUUGGUAAAUUCAAGUUAUGCACAAGAAGCAGGCUCGCUUAGCAUUCAGUGUUGCGCUGAUACUGCCUUUACGGAUCCGAAUACCACUAUUCGCUACGUAUCAGAUGAAACUUGGUAUCCUGAUAACAAAAGUUGCCAAAACACAGUUUGGACUGGGCAUGUCAAUCAAGAGACUAACGAAGCAAGAUAUUUUGAGUCGAGAUACAACAGCAAAUGGUGCUACAACUUGCCAACAUGGAAUGGAUCUUCCUAUUUGAUUAGAGGAACGUUUCCUCUCAGCAAUCCGCUGGAAUCAUCGCCUUCUGACAACUUUUUCAGCGUAUCAGUUGGUGAAACAGAAAUAGAGAGAGUCAAUUCUUCAUCGAAACGAGUUGAGGGAUUAUUUAUAGCUAUGAGUAACUACACUAACUUCUGCCUAGUGAAGGGCAAAGGAGAAGCAUACCUUUCAAAGCUGGAACUUCGACCUUCAAGUCCUGUAUACCUAACGGGAUACAAUUCCAGCUUGCUCAAACUUGUGGAUCGGGUAGAUGUAGGAAACACAGUGGCUGAUAUCAGGUACCCACAGGACUCGUAUGAUCGAAUUUGGAGAUCAGACAUAUACCCUGAUUCAACAGCUAGAUACAUGCCGCCUCCCACCACCGAUGUCAAUAUCACUGAUCCAGACAAUAUAAUGCCUCCUCUUAAAGUAUUACAGACAGCUGUGACUCAUCAGGAACGGUUGGAGUUUCAGUAUGAUACCCUCGAUGCAGGAUCAAGAAACUACGACCUCUACCUCUACUUUCUUGAGCUGAAUGAAUCUGUUCGAGUCGGGGAAAGGGUAUUCGAUGUGUACAUCAAUGAUAAGAAUGUAUCUACGGUUGAUAUAUGGGCUAGUGGUGCACCCUUCUUGAAAGUAGCUCUCAACUUCGCAUCAAAUGGAGUUCUUAAUCUGACCUUGGUUAGAGCCUCGAAUUCUCAGCUGGGACCCCUCUGUAAUGCUUAUGAGAUUUGGCAAGUUUACCCGAGGAAUGCAGAAACGAAUGCGGAGGAAGUGGCGGUGAUAACGAAAGUGAAGAACGAGUUGCUUGCCCAGAAUCAAGAUAGUGAAGUUCUGAAGACAUGGUCCGGAGACCCUUGUCUCCCUCUUCCAUGGCAUGGUUUGUCUUGUGAUGCUCCCAACGGUACCUCAAUUAUCAGUCUAAUGGACUUAUCCUCCAGCAGACUCACCGGGCCACUCCCUUCCAGUAUCACUGACCUGAAAUACCUGAAAGAAUUGAACUUGAGCAAUAACGGGUUCAUUGGCACUGUUCCUCAGUUUCCAGCUUCUUACAUGCUGAUUUCACUGGAUGUGAGCCACAAUGAACUCACAGGAAACAUCACAUUCACUAUUUCCAAAAUGAAACAUUUGGAGAAACUAUAUUUCGGCUGCAAUUCUCACCUCACAAGAAGCGUUCCUACAGACUUAAGCAAGUCAAAUCUCAGUACAGACAAUGGGGUAUGCAACGCUCAAGCGUCCUCCCAUUCGUCUCGGAUUCUCAUAGGCACAAUUGCAGCUGGAUCUCUGUUAGUUAUAGCCAUAGCCAUAGCUGGGACAUGCCUAUUCUGUAUUUACAGAAAGAAAAGGAUCACUCUGUACAAAUAUGAUGACAAGAGGCAACAGACGUCGAAAAAUGCGAUCUAUGCAAUAGCGAGCACAGAAUCCGUGGCUACAAAAUCAAUUUCUAUCCAAAGUUUCACACUGAAGUGCAUAGAAGCUUCCAUACAAAACUACAAAACACUGAUAGGAGAAGGUGGAUUUGGAUCAGUCUAUCGUGGCACUCUAGCCGAUGGUCAAGAAGUCGCAGUGAAGGUCCGAUCAGCCACCUCAACACAAGGAACUCGCGAGUUUGAUAAUGAACUAAACCUGCUCUCAGCAAUUAGGCACGAGAACUUGGUGCCAUUGAUCGGAUAUUGCUGUGAGAAUGACCAGCAAAUUCUUGUCUAUCCUUUCAUGUCGAAUGGUUCUCUACAAGACCGUCUAUAUGGAGCAGCUGCAAAGCGUAAAGUCCUUGACUGGCCAACAAGACUUUCCAUUGCUUUAGGUGCUGCAAGAGGCUUAACAUAUCUGCACACCUUCUCCGAGCGUUGUGUAAUACACAGAGAUGUGAAAUCGAGUAAUAUACUUCUGGAUCAUAGCAUGAGUGCAAAGGUUUCAGACUUUGGAUUCUCGAAAUACGCACCUCAAGAAGGGGAUAGCGGUACUUCACUUGAAGUAAGGGGCACUGCAGGAUACCUUGACCCGGAGUACUACUCAACACAGCAUCUAUCAGCAAAAAGCGAUGUCUUUAGCUUUGGGGUCGUUUUACUGGAAAUUGUAAGCGGCCGAGAACCUCUCAAUAUAAACAGGCCAAGAAGUGAGUGGAGCUUGGUUGAAUGGGCAAAGCCUCAUAUAAAGAACUCAAAAGUAGAAGAGAUAGUGGAUCCUAGCAUUAAAGGAGGAUACCAUGCUGAAGCAAUGUGGAGAGUUGUAGAGGUAUCUUUAGCGUGUAUUGAACCUUACUCGGCUUAUCGCCCCUGCAUGGCAGACAUUGUUCGUGAGCUAGAGGAUGCUUUCAUCAUAGAAAAUAAUGCAUCAGAAUACAUGAAAUCCAUUGAGAGUUUUGGUGGGUCCAAUCGCUACUCAAUAGAGAGGCCAACUCCAGUUCCGACAGAGCCAUCCCCUAUUCUUAUGCAGCCGCCUCCUCCACAGCCAAGAUAAUCUGCUCGUUGAGGCUGUUACUUACAAAAUCAGUCAGCUUACGAUUGGAUGAAAGAUUUAGAAAACAUGAGUAGUGCUAGACUAUUUGGUUUCUACCAUUGCUUCAUUACUAGUAUUGUGUAAAAACUAUAACAGGAUGGAUAAGCAAAAACCAAAUGCCUUCCUCCAAGAUGCAUAUUGCAAGACCACCUAGCUUAGGCCAAAAAUCAUCCAGUUGAGCAUCUGUAUUCUUAAUGGAGCCAUUCAUUCCUCGUGUUUUAUUCAAAAUUUGAACACACCAAUUGUAAUGGCGUAUAAGCCUUCAUCCCCUCUUUAAAUACGUAACAAACAUUGGCGUAUUUCCCGUUCAUAGAAUACCAAAAAAAGCUCCCAUUCAGGAAA